AUGGCUGAAGAAGAACACAACUUUGAGACCGCCGAUGCCGGCUCCUCUUUGACAUACCCAAUGCAAUGUUCUGCCUUGAGAAAGAACGGUUUCGUCGUGAUCAAGGGCAGACCAUGCAAGAUCGUCGACAUGUCCACCUCCAAGACCGGUAAGCACGGUCACGCCAAGGUCCACUUGGUCGCUAUCGACAUCUUCACCGGUAAGAAGUUGGAAGAUUUGUCUCCUUCCACUCACAACAUGGAAGUUCCAAACGUCAAGAGAACCGAAUUCCAAUUGUUGGACAUUGACGACGGUUACUUGUCUUUGAUGACCAUGGACGGUGAGACCAAGGACGAUGUCCGUGCUCCAGACGGUGAGCUAGGUGAGGGCAUCCAAUCUGCCUUCGACGAAGGUAAGGACUUGAUGGUCACCAUCAUCUCCGCUAUGGGUGAGGAGGCUGCCAUCUCUUUCAAGGAGGCCCCUAGAUCCGAUUAG